AUGGAUUAUUCAACUGUAUUUAAGAAUUUGGCAAAGGAAGCUGGUGUUUCUAUACCCUCUUCUGCCUUUUCUAAACCGAUUCUCAGUCGUCAAAGCGCUACUUCUACAACUAUAAAAGUUGCACUCAAAUUUUUGGAUAAUUCUGAAAAUUUAGCUAAAGAUUUUCUGGAUGAGCUUAGAGCCUAUCACCGUUGUAGUCUUGGCUCUGGAAUAGUCGAUUGUUACGGUGUUAGUAAAGAUCCAAAUGCAGGCAGUUAUGUGAUGGUGAUGCGAUACGCUGAACAAGGGAAUUUACGACAUUACCUUUCCAACUAUUUUACUGACUUGUCAUGGGACGAAAAAAUUGUAUUAUUUGAUCGUAUCGGAAAAGCACUGAAAGGAAUCCAUGAUUCUGGGUUGGUUCAUCGUGAUUUCCAUAGUGGUAACAUUUUGAGACAUGAAAAGUUAGUCUACAUCACUGAUCUAGGGAUGUGCCGUCCAGUAAAUGAAUCUAAAGAUUCAAAAUCUUAUGGUGUGCUUCCGUACGUGGCACCGGAAGUGUUGAGGGGUGAUCCAUACACUGAAGCUGCUGAUAUAUAUAGUCUCGGAAUGAUUAUGUGGGAAAUGUCUUCUAACGAGCCUCCAUUCUCCGAUAGAGCUCAUGAUUAUAAAUUGGCUCGCGAAAUUUGUUUAGGUUUAAGGCCUCCCAUUAUUUCCGGUACCCCAAAAGGUUAUGUGGCCGCCAUGCUUCGUUGUUGGGAUUGUGACCCGUCUAAACGUCCAACCAUUGAUGAAUUACUAAAUGUGUCAUACAAAUGGCGCUAUCUGUCAGAUGGAAAGGCACCAUUCCAAGGUCCUAAGACAAAGAAAGUAAAGACUGGUACCGUCAAGUCCGUGCUUACCAAUUCUAAUACUGUGCACCCUCAAGCUUUCUAUACUAGUAGAUUACUGCAUUAUCCUAAUCUACCAGAACCCAAAAACUCCGAUCAUUACACACUUUUCGAUUCAACAACUGGUGAAAUACACACGAUAGUUAGAAAACAACAUUCCAAAAAAGACUCUGAUAGGUCUUCGUUCGUACCAGAUGAACUUUCAUCGUUUGCAUCUUCUGAUAAGGGCAAGGAAAAGGCCAAUGAAGAGUAUCGUCCUCGUUCCAAUAGAAGGGAGUCCAUAACUAGAAGUAUGACAACGAGUAAAAUAGAUAAGAGUACUAUUGAGAGAAUAAGAUCCGAGCUAUCCCAUUAUCGAUGGAAUUCUACGAUUAAUGAUAUUCCUAGACAAGUGGAACUUUUAACUAUCGAUGUUGCUACUCCAAACGUUAAAUACACUGAUACGCAUAUUAUUUCUGAUUAUGUGUAUCAUAAUGCAAUCGUGUCUAAAAAUAGUGAGGACACCUUCGAGGUUUUGCCCACUGAAACCAAAUACCAGUUUAAGACUGAAUUGAAAGUCCCAAAAGUUGGAUUGAUGAUGGUUGGCUGGGGUGGUAAUAAUGGUUCUACCUUGACUGCAAGUAUUGUUGCUAAUCGUAAUAACAUCUCUUGGCGUACCAAGGAAGGGAUUAAAUCUCCAAAUUAUUUUGGAUCUGUUGUUCAAGCCUCAACACUUAAACUCGGUGUUGAUGCUAAAGGAAAUGAUGUUUAUAUUCCAUUUAACCAAAUUUUGCCCAUGGUUCAUCCCAAUGAUCUGGUCCUUGGUGGUUGGGAUAUUAGCUCUUUUAACCUUGCUCAAGCUAUGGAACGUGCUCAAGUUCUUGACUAUGAUCUCCAACGUCAAGUUUCUCCAAUGCUUCAAGAAUUUACUCCUCUUCCUUCCAUUUAUUACCCUGAUUUUAUAGCUGCUAAUCAAUGUGAUAGAGCUGAUAAUCUUAUUCCUGGUGAUAAUAAAAAAGAUCACUUGGAACACAUUCGUAAUGAUAUUCGCCAGUUUAAAGCUGCUAAUCAGCUUGAUAAAGUGAUUGUUGUUUGGACUGCUAACACUGAACGAUAUUCCGAAAUUAUUCCAGGUGUCAAUGAUACCGCUGAUAAUAUCCUCAAAGCUGUUGAACAAAAUCAUCCUGAGAUUGCUCCUUCCACUAUUUUUGCCUUAGCUUGUAUUCUUGAAAAAACUCCAUUCAUUAAUGGUUCGCCCCAAAAUACUUUUGUUCCUGGCUGUAUCGAACUUGCUGAACGUGAACACGUUUACAUUGGUGGUGAUGAUUUUAAGUCUGGUCAGACGAAAGUUAAAUCUGUUUUGGUGGACUUUUUGGUUAACGCUGGUAUUAAACCAAUUAGUAUCACCUCUUAUAACCAUCUUGGUAACAACGAUGGUAAGAAUUUAUCUGCUCCGCAACAAUUCCGUUCUAAAGAAAUCUCUAAAAGUAGUGUGGUUGAUGAUAUGGUUGCGGCAAAUCAAAUUCUUUAUAAACCGGGCGAACAUCCCGAUCAUGUUAUCGUCAUUAAAUAUGUACCUGCAGUAGGGGAUUCCAAGCGUGCCUUAGAUGAAUAUGUUUCGGAAAUAUUCAUGGGUGGUAAAAAUACUAUUUCGUUGUAUAAUACAUGUGAGGAUUCUCUCUUGGCCUCACCCCUUAUCUUAGAUUUGGCUAUCAUUACUGAAUUAAUGACUCGUAUUGAGUAUCGUGCUGAUGGAAUGGCAGAAUUCGUACCUUUUGAUUCUGUUUUGUCUAUUUUAAGUUUCAUGUUGAAGGCUCCAUUGGUUCCACCUGGCACUCCUGUUGUUAAUGCGUUAAGUAAGCAACGUAUGGCGAUGGAAAACUUUUUCCGUGCUUGUGUUGGAUUGGCUCCUCAAAAUGAAAUGCUUUUAGAACAUAAAGCACCAGCCUGCAAAAAGUUUUAA